GCCAAGGCGGAGUGCAUCAAGCCCAAGAUCAGUAGCAAGAAGCGAGCAAGGUCUAUCGAGUCUGCAGGGCCUACGGACUCCGACCGCGAGGCCCUCUUCGCUUCCUCGCCUACGGUGCCUGGCAGCCCUCCAGAAGCAGCGCCUGGUGAUGAUUGGAGCCUUCCACAUCCGGACUCCGACAGCCCCGCAGACGUGCCAGCAUCGGCCCGUGCAGCUGCGGAACCUGCUGCAGCUCCCCCUCUUGAGCCUGCGGAUGCGGACGAGGAGGAUGCCCCUGCUCAAGAGGUGGGCAAGUGGACAACUGAGCAGAUCACCACCCUCGUGCAGUCCAAGCAAGACCCCAAGGCGCGUCCCAGCUGGGCAGUGGUCGCCCGCCGCGCGGGGAAGACGGUUCAGGAGGCCAAGAACAAGCGGGCAGCCCUCCAACCUCUUUAG